ACAGGAAAUAUCUAAUAAUUGCUAAGAAUUCGGGUCUCAAGUGUCGCAAUUAUGGAGAGAUAGAAUGGUGUACAUUGGGUAACACAGAUUGACGCACAUCAAAUCUUUAAAACGGCGUAUGUAAAUUACAUGUGUAGGUAUUGUUUUCUCGAAAGAUCUCGAAAUCAGCUACAAGAAUAUACAAUAAAAAGUGUAGGGUUCCAUUUAAAAAUUCGAAAGUGAUUUUUACAGAUCAUUUCAAUUUUAUCAAGGUCAAACAUCUAUUAUAUCAUCAUGAUAUGCCCCCCUCAACCAUACAACUUUCAUCUAAAGAAUUUCUUCGUAUAUUUGGUAGUUACGUAAAUAAUCACGUGUAGACAUUUAAAGCGGACAUAUUUGUAUGUAUUUGUUUUCAUGUUGCCGAAUGUAUGUGGAUUUAUAGAUUACGUGGAUGGUUUACUCUGAACAUAUAUAUACAUACAUAUAUGUGUCAAUCGUCUUCGAAGAGAUAAUAAAUUAAAUGUUAAAAUUAAGUGCUAUUUAGAUUAUUUCAUAUCGAUGUUUAUGUAAAUUCAUUUUAUAUUUUGGAUUUGGUUGUAGUUUGGAUAACAAACUUAUUACCAGAAAAUAAAAGGAUAAGAAGUGAAUUAGACCGGUAGGAACGUACUUAGUUGAGUAAAAAUCCGUUAUCUGAAUUCCCGUUAUAUUCUUCGGCUUUUAUUCAUGGAUUCUUCUUAUAUUCAGGUGUACGUUCUGAUCACGGUGCGUAAACAUCAUCUCUUGUUAGUGAUACAUAUAAUUCAAUAAUCUCUUAAUUUAAUAACGAAGACUUUUCAACAUCCUCAUUGCUACAUUUCACUUGUUACAGAGUAAAGAUAUAGAAAAAUGGCCCUUGAAUCACCGAAAUAUGAAUACUUGAACGAAAAAGAUACGAAGGAAAUGUUGGAAUUAUUUAAAGGUGAAAGAACAGGUUUUGUCUUAGUGGGUGCAAAAAAAUGGUUCUUUCCCUAUAAAUAUACGACAGAAGGUAAAGGAUUUUAUAAUUUUAAAGUUAGGCCUGACGACACGUGGAUUUUAUCCUAUCCAAGAUCAGGAACGACCUGGACUCAAGAAUUAAUCUGGUUAUUGUCAAAUGACUUAGAUUUUAAUAGAGCAAGGACGGAACGCUUGGCAGAACGAUUUCCAUUUUUUGAAUAUAGUAUGUUUUUUCAUUCAGAGGUAACUCGAGAAUUGAUAAAAAUGAAUGAGGGAGAUAAAGACAAAGUAGAAUUUUGUAAAAAACUUGCUGAGCCAGGAUAUGAAGUCUUAGCAAAAUUGCCUUCAAAGAGAUUCAUAAAAUCACAUUUUCCAUUUUCUUUGUUACCAAAUAUUUUGGACAGUGGUUGUAAGAUGGUGUACGUUGCAAGAAAUCCAAAGGAUGUUGCUGUUUCUUGGUAUUAUUUAAAUAUAGGUAUGAAAACUCAAGGAUACAUAGGUGAUUUUCCAACAUUUUGGAAUUACUUUCAGAAUAAUCUUACAUAUUGGGGUCCAUAUUGGGAACACUUAAAGGAAGCAUGGGCAAAUAGAAAUCAUCCAAACGUUUUAUUUAUGUUUUAUGAAGAUAUGCAACAUGAUUUUUCAAAAGCAAUUAGAGAAGUUGCUAAAUUUCUUGGAAAAACUUAUACUGAAGAACAAUUAAAAGAAGUAGCAGACUAUUUAAAUAUAAAAAAUUUUCGAAAUAAUCAAAUGGUGAAUUCAUCAGAAUUAAACGAAUGUGGUAUUAUGACAAAAGGAAUAUUUGUCAGAAAAGGCAAAAGUGGUGGAUGGCAAGAUAUUUUUACUGAGGAACUUAAUGCUAAAGCUGAUAAAUGGAUAGAAGAAAAUUUGAGAGGAACUGAUCUCGUUUUCCCGUAUUUUAAUAACAUUAGUAAUAACUAGAACUGAUAAUUCAAACAGCUAAUAUCGUUUAAUUAUUUUUUAAUAUUUUUAAGAAAAAAUUAGAAAAUUUUGGUUAGAUAAAAAGGAUGUGUAAAUACGUGUAUCGGAAAUCAAGGAUAUAUAGUCGAGAAUGCAAAGCAAGUUCCUUUUCAUGACUGGAAGAUUGGGAAAUAAAUUAUUAUUGUUAUUGUUAGGAAAUUCUGUUAAUUAUAAUAUCAAUGUAUAUAAUA